ACAGAAUCUUCUUUUCAGCUGACUCAUCAUCUGGUUUCCCUUUACCUUUGCGCAUGUCAACAAUUUUCGUUUUCUAAUCUGCAGUUAUGGUCAAGGAUGCCUCCCGGCAACCGCAAAUUAUGACGGGUCUUCAAACUGAUGCAAAAUCUGAUAAAAACAUCCAAAGUGGUCAAGCGGCGUCCACUUCCAUGAAUAGGCACCUUGACGAAGAAAUCAGUGAACUUUUUAUUCUCCGGUUUGGAACUUACAAAAAAUGGGCAUCAACGGUUUCCAAAAAGAAGUGCCAAGAAAUCCUUGUAGACCAUUUCAAAAACGACUUAAGCAACGACUUCACCUUGAUGAUCAAUUGGUUAGCUUUAACCGACGCUAAGAGCAGGACUGUGCUACUGGAAUCUAGCUGUGCCACGAAGGAGUCAAUGGAACUCGACGUUGCUUUGGAUAUGCUGACAAAAAUGGGAGUUGCAGAUGCCUCACGACGGGGCCCAACAGUGGAUGCUUUCCGUCAACUAAUCGCCGUGUUGUGUGGGGGAACACCUGGGCAAGUACCUGAACUAGAAAAGCUGGCACUUUUCACAGAGACUACUCGAUUUGCUGACAAAACGGCCUCAGAAAUAAUUUCAAGAAUUGUGAGGACUUUUUUCAAUUUUUCGAAUGAUGUGCCACGUGCAAUGGAACAGUUUGGUACUUCACUUCCAGCGGCUAUAAAUCCCGCUGAAAUGAUGUGUAAUGGAACCUCCGCCGUUGAGUUGAUUCGAGCCGCGAAUGAGCCCAGCACUUGUGGUAGUAUCUGCGAUAGCGAAUCUGGCAUUACAAUCUCCGAAGAUGGUGGACUGGAACUUACAUGCGAAGAAAAGCCAUCGGUCUCUUCUGUGCCAUCUGUUUGUGACACUGCAAACGAAGCCGGCUCCACGCAAAGGUCAUUUUCUCAGUCCCCCACCAGGUCUUCCUCAAGAAAAUCGAGAAGAGAGAUCUUUUCAAUUAGAAAUAGAUUAUCUGGGAAAGUUGGCAGUCAUACUUUGUCAGAUGGUUGCUUUGUCUGCGGCAGUAAUCUUGGCGAUCUCCUUCACUGUGGGAAGAAGUACGCACCAGGGGCAUACUGUUCAACCACUUUUCACAAAGACUGCAUCGAGUCAUACAAUGCUGCCGAAUAUAAUGUCAACUGCAUUCGCAAAAUUGUGGACGAAACGUUAUGUCCACUGCAUUUUUGCUCCUCUUGCUACUUGGAGCGGUGGAAAACAACUGCGGUUAGAGGCAAGCUUGUUGAAUGUGACUCCUGUUUUCGAGCUUUUCAUGAGCAGUGUUGCCCAGCGGGAUUCGAAAGCUACGAGGAUUUUGUGGUGGCGCGGAGCAAGGAAGGAAACACAAUUGAGGUCAAACAAAAAUUCACUCGUUGUCAUGCCCACUGUGAUACUACCCGUAUUCCUCUUAUUGCGAGCACGCGUUCGCACUUGCCUUACUGCUGCGAGUGCGAAAACAUAGGUGACGAACCGUUAACGAAGUGCUCUUUGUGCGUGAGGUCUUUCCAUGAAGGAUGUCUCACUUUGAGCUGUCGGGAUAUAAAAUCAGAUCCCUGCACUCCCGUUUGUGAGUCGUGCAUCCUUGGAGAAAAUUUGCGGAUAGGACAAGCAGUGAUAGCAAGAUUCAAAGCAUCUUUUUAUGCAGCAACGGUGACAAGUUUGGCUGAAUACCCCAAGCAUUGCGCAAAAAUGGAUAAAUUUGGCAAGUAUCUUGGUCAGCCUGGUUUCGUCUGCGUUAAAUGGGCAGGAUGCAUCAACAUAUUUGCACUUUUACCAGCUAGGAACGUAGUUCCCAUGUUUGAUGGAUCGUACAAUCUUAUUGGAAGGCGGUUAUCAGAAAUUCCAUGUCGUGAAGCCUGGGAAAAGAUGGAGAGCGAGUUAUCCAUUUCUCGCCCUUCAUUUGCUUACGUUCCGGAAAAGUACACAAAAAUCAAGACCUCUGUCUAUCAUCCGAGCUGCCCGAAACCUCGUCUUGAUGCAUGCGACGAAAGUGAUAGUAUGUGCGAUUGCCCACCCGGUGAAAAAGGUCGAUGUGGUCCCAAUUCCAAAUGCACCAAUCGUGCCAUCUUACAAGAGUGUCCUGAGGCAUGUGAGGCAAUCGAGGGUGGAUGCAACAACAGAGGUGUAUCUCGUAAAGAAGUUAAUCCCGAUGUCGAAAUCCGAGAGGCUCCGGGAAAAGGGCUGGGAGCUUUUGCAGUAAAGGACAUUCCGAAGGGAUCUUUCAUUGCGGAAUAUGCUGGAGAGCUGAUAAGCAUAACAGAAAAGAACAGAAGAAUUGCCGAAGUAACAGCUCACAAGAACGCUGAAGAGAAGCAUUACAUGAUGGCCUUGGAUUCUCAGCGAAUAAUCGAUUGCAAGGAGAAGGGCAAUGAUGCCAGGUUCCUCAAUCACUCCUGUAGUCCGAACUGUAAAGUGGAAACGGUAUACGUGGUGGUACACAGAAGCAAACGACCAAAUGGUGCUACUGUGAAAUAUGAUAAACGGAUAACGAUUUGUACCAUAGAAGAUGUUCCUGCAGGUACCGAGCUUUGCUUCAAUUAUCAGAUGACACAGUACAAUAUUGGUUGCCCACUACCUGAUUGCAAAUGUGGAGCUCCAAACUGCACUGGAUCAUUAGGGGCCGUAGUCCAUGAAAAAGUGGAGAAAGCUGUCCAAGAGGUGGAAGUGGUGCCGAAUGAUUCUGGAAAGCAAGUAAAAGGAAAGCAAAAACGCAAAGCCGCGUCUUCGUUAGCUUCCCCAAAGAAGAAAAGAUCUAGUGCGCGCAGUCGCCAGUCCACGCCGGCCUCCUCAACGUCUUCCUCAUCUAGGAGCCCUUACAAAGGACAAAAAAAUCAAAAUGGGAAGGUGACAAAGCCGACUGUCACUUUCAAGAGGACUUCGCUUCCUUCGAAAUUAGACGGUAAUUCAUCGCGUACGCAAACACGUAGCAGAGGUUGCAGAGUCAUCAAUGGUUUCAAAGAGCCUAGGCCUGAAGUUUUGGAAGAUGAAAAGCUGAAGAGAGCGCUUCUGAACGGCGAGGCACUGGAAAAACUUUCCGAUGCCAAACCUUUGCUACAGAAGGGUAACCAGGAAGCUGUAAAUGGUCUUAGGAAGAAUCAUCGCCGAAUAGCAGCCGAAUUGUCUUCUCUGAAUGUUAUGGUGUCAUAAUUACCGCCUGUUUUUAGUCUUUCUAGGAAUUAUGCAAUGAUUAUGCAUCUCAUUUUUAUAGGGGACUGUUCACUUUGUCUUAGCUUUCCAUGAAUGCUUCCUGUUAAAUGUCCUCUACCUCAAUGUUUCUUUUUUUUACUUUGACUUUUUAUUAUGUCACUAGAUCUUCAUUAUUCCUCGACAUCUGUAUCAUCAACUGCCACCUAAAUAUGUACAAAUUUUUAUAACAUUCGCGUAAAAUGAGUGCUUUCUCUAUGACUAGCCUCAGAAGGCAAAUUCAAAACGGUUUCAAUGUUUUCUUUCUAAUUAGGCGAAUGUCUUCAACGGGAUUUCAUAGCUUGCGUGUGGUGGUUUUUGCGAAUGUUAUCUUAAAAAUUAUUUAUAUAUGUUG